AUGGUUGUUUGUUGGUAUUGGUUAGCAGGUUGUUGUCGAUUUGGCGAUUCUUGCUGGUAUGAUCAUUUCAAAACAGAUGGUGCACCAUUAAGGGAAGAAAGCAAAUUACAAAAUUUAUUGGAAAAGGAAUUGGAAGAGCAAGAAAAUAGUGUAGAUGAUUAUUCGGAUUUCGAAAACUAUGAUUCCGAAAACUAUGGCUAUGAUUCCGAAAGCUAUGACUAUGAUCGUGGUGAUGUUCAAAAAAUUAGAAAUACAUUAUUAUUUGGAAAAGAAUUGUAUUGUGAUUGUGAUGAGGAAGAGGAGGAAGAAGUGGAGGAAGAAGACGAGGAAGAGGAAGAUGAGGAUGAAGAGGAUGAGGAAGAAGACGAGGAAGAGGAAAAUGAGGAUAAAAAGAAAGCUCGUAAAUGUAAUAAUUCUGAUGAUGAGGAAGAUGAGGAUUCCGAUGAAGAGGAAAGUUCUGAUGAUGAAGAUUUGAAAAGGAAAAUUCGUCAUCGUAGGAAAAAGAGAAAAUUGAAUAAUUCUAAACAUGUAACACAAUCUAUCAAUACUAAUGUAACUCCUUCACUAAUUAUUAUUCGACAUCCUAAUUAUCAUUUUACAAAUUGGUUGAAUACUAUUGUAUUACACAAUAUUUUCAUGUAUUUACCAAAUAGUGAUCAAUUACCAUUUAGACUUGUUCAUGCAGCUUUUACCAAUGAACUCUACAUUGGAUAUAAUAGUCAUUUACAGUAUCGUAAAUAUCAAUUUCAAAUAUAUCUUUUAUUUAAAAACAUAAUUAACAGUUAUUUAGAUAAAAAAUCUACAAUUGCAUCUACUAUGCAAUUUAUUAAUGGAUGUAUACUCCAUUUAAAUGCACAUAUAUUAAACAAUCAAUUAGUGUCAAAUGAUUCCACUCAUUCAAUUGAUAUGAAUGAUUAUUUAUCAUCCAAUGAUGAAAAUUUAAAAAUAUUGAACAAUUAUAAACAAUUAUUUAAGGAUGGAAAUGUUAAAUUUACAAGUUGGGCAUCUGUUAAAUUGGAUCAUUCACAAGGAAGUGUUUGUAAAUUAUCUAUAAAAAGAAAAGAUGGAAAUGGAUUUAUGGAAUUCUUUCAACAUCAUGUCAAGACAAUAUGUAGUGGAGAUGAUACAUGCCAUGUUUAUUAUUAUUUGGCAGCUAGAAAAGAAAAAAGAAUGGAAACUUUGUUAUUAACUGACACAUAUGAACAAGAUAAAGUAAUUCAUGAUAAGGAGGCAUUGAAUGAUGUAUUUUCAUUGUUGGAUAUUCCUCUAAAUUGGAAUUUGGAAGAUUUUGUUAAAUUUUUAAUGAUUUGUUCAUGCUCGUUCAAAAUUCACAUUACCAAUUUUUCUGAAAAGGAAUAUGCAAUAGUUGAUAUUUUACAAUUUUUACAAUUACACGAUUUAAAUUUUAAUUUAUUAUCCAAAAAUAAUUCUAAUAAUAGUAAUUCCGAUAGCAAUUCUAAUGAUAGUAAUUCUAAUGAUACCAUCCGUAGAAAUUGUCAUACAUGUUAUGAAUUGGAUGGAAUUACAUAUAUGGAAAAGCUUGUGAAUGAAAUUUCAUUACAAUCAUAUCAUUUCAAUAGUAGUCAACAUUUGAAAAGUUUAAUUGAUUUAAGAAAUUUCUGUUUGAAAUAUUCUGGAAAAUUAGUAAAAUUUGAAAAUAGUGAUUACAAUAUUAAAUCUAAAGCAGAAAAACAUUUGAAAAAGAAACAAUUAAAUGAUGAUAGGAAGGGUUUUUCAGUUUCCAUAUCAAGUCCAGUUUUAGAUGAAAUGAAAAUUUAUUCAGAAUGCAAUUUUAAAACAACAAGUAAUGAAAUAUUGAAUGUAAUACUUGAAGUUACAUCUUUUAAUGGAUAUGAUGAUUAUAGUUCAACUAGUUUUAAAAUAUUUAAAAACAAGACUGAGAAAAUUGAAUGGAAAGAAUAUAUGCCAACAUCAGAACUUAUUACGGAUUUGAAGAAUAAGUUGUUGAGCGAUAUGAAUGAUAGUGUGAGCAAUACGAAGUUUGUAAAAGCUCUCAUUAUUUUCAUGUCAAAACAUCAUUUUCACAAAUUUUCAGAUUCAAAAGCUUAUACUGCAACACGCAAGAACACCAUUGUUGAGGAGAUUGCAUAA